AAAACUAUAGGUCUUCCCUGUUUCAGCCGAUGAUCAAAAUAUUCUCCUCCCGACAAUCCAGCCUACGACAACCUGUGUAGAUUGAGAGAGAUCGGUUGCGAAUUUGUCGGCCGGAGGUUUUUCAUCGCGUGUCCUGUCCUGUCGCGGUGAAACAUUCGACCCGAAUCCACUGGUGUCUCUCGUCGCAACCAGAAAACGAGUCGCAGAAAGAAAAAUCAACGGAAACCGAAAUCCACCAUGUGGAUUUCGACAUUGAAGAGAGUGAGGAGGACGAUCAUGGUUCUGGGGAUCGCCAACCUCGUCGUGGUUGUCUCCGGUGCUGUUCUGGCUCUGGUGGCUUCCCCGGAUUGCGGCCGCAGAGACCUCUUUCCUUUGUUCGCCGUCUGUUUCCUCGCCGGUGUUAAACUCGCCGCCAUGGUUAAGAUGGGCACUGCUCAGGAACUCAUGGCAAAGUCUAUUAUGGAUUCUCCGACGGAGAUUAACCACGAAAGAAGGUUAAAGUAUAAGACAUGGCUCUGGUGGACCCGGUUUGCAAUGGUAAUUACUGUAUUGCAAUUUAUUGGUGCAACUUACCUUAUGUUCCAUGUGGCCAAAUUUGUUUCCCAUGGUGGAAUGCCAAGGAAUUGCGUUUUAGGAUUAACUUCAGACAGUCUCGAGUGGGAGAAAACUUUGCAGGUUGCUUUCGUCAUUGCAGUUUGCUUCGUUGCUCUGGCACAAUGCUUUAUAGGAUCAGACAUAUUACAAUGGAGGUCCUUCUACACAACCCAAGAUGAUGCCUGGAAAGCUCACUACCAAGAGGUAUUUGACCAUGGAAUUCGUGAAGUUUUGUGUUGUCUCGGACGUGCCAAAUACAUGAGUGUAAUGGAGGAAGAUGAAGUGUAUUCAGUAGCAAGACUAUUGGGUGAUCUUGUUGCAUACCGUGCAUCAGGCACUGGUCAUUUGGAAUUUUUGGCAGGUCUUGCUCUGCUGCAGAGUAAUAGCCAGUUUUCUAAAUCAUAUGAAGGCUUCAUGGAGGCACCGAUGGAUCGGCUUCAAGAGGCUGCUAGCUUCCAUAGAUUUGCCGAAGCUGCUUACACUGGGCCACUACUUGAUAUCGGGAGAAAUCCUGCCUUAUUUUUAUGCACAUGGAUUUGUAGGCAAGGGAUUUUAACUCCCUGGAGCCGUAAAUGGCGACCUAAACUUGAUGGUGAUAACUGGUGGCGAGGUCAUGCAGCUGCCUUCUUGAAGUUCAUUAGCUACCCAUCUCACGUUCUUCGGCGUGGUCGAAUUUGUAGGGAGAAGUGUAAAGCAACGUACUUUGUCGUAGUCCUACAUUACCUUAGAUGUGUUGUGAUUGCUGUUCGAGGAACUGAGACGGCUGAAGACCUCAUAACUGAUGGACUAGGCCGUGCAUGUCCACUUACUUCUGAAGAUUUAGAUGGGCUAAUAAAUGAUUUUCCUAAUCAUGGGUAUCAGAGUAUGAACUCUUCUUUUACACACUACGGGCAUUCGGGGAUAGUUGAAGCUGCUAGAGAUCUUUUCAUGCAAAUUGAAGGAUAUCCCGAAUUCGGAGAGUCCAGAUCUGUCGGGUUCCUGUCCUCACUACUUGGUGCUGGUUGCGAGUGUGAAGGCUACCACAUUCGCAUCGUGGGACAUUCUUUGGGAGGUGCUAUCUCUUCAUUGCUGGGAAUAAGGCUGCGUAGAAGAUUCCCUAACCUACAUGUAUAUGCCUUUGGGCCCCUCCCCUCUGUAGAUUCAAGUGUAGCUGAUACUUGUUCAGAUUUUGUGACAAGCAUUGUUCUUGAUAAUGAAUUUUCAUCACGUCUUUCGGUUGGAUCAAUCCUUCGGCUUCAAGCAGCAUCCAUCAAAGCAUUGGCACAAGACCCAAAAGCUGAUACAGCCUUGAUUUUCAGACUGGCUCGUCGGUUUCUCUAUGUGAGCAAUCACCAAAGAGACGGUGCCAAAGAAACGACAUCCGGAGGAUCUUCUGCAAGAUUGUCAGAAGAAUCAGAUCACCGUCUAUUCCAAGUAGAGAGCCUGAAACAAGAUCAAGUUUACCCGAUCUGGGAAGAAUCUGAGCCUGAAACGCAGCAGAAGGCGGAUGAGAUGCAAGAUGACGAGUUCACCAAUCCAUUCCACAAUACAGCUUCAGAGGAUCCUGUGUCAGAGUUCAUGGAAACUGUCCCGAGUUCUGAGGGCACCUCGGCCGAUGACCCGCCUGAGAUGUUCCUUCCGGGCUUAGUGAUUCAUUUUGUGCCUGAAAGAGACAAAAUGAACAUGCCGAUCUGGCGAGGAUGGGGCAUCUGUGAUGUUGCGAGUGAUGGUUACAAAGCAUAUGUUGCAGACAGAGAGAGCUUUAAGGACAUUGUUGUUUCCCAAUCAAUGUUCCUUGAUCAUCUUCCUUGGAGAUGCAGGCACGCGAUCCAGAAGGUUCUGGAAUCUCGGAAUCUCCAAGAUGUGAAUAUGACAGCAGACAGAACUCAGAUCGUAUGAUCUUCUCUCUCCUGACCUCCUCCUCCGAUGAUGUUUUUCUGGAGUUCUUCUCCGUCACAUUGACAGUUCACAGCCAUUGAUGAAGCGAACGAGAGACUAACUGAUGUCAACGAACACAACUGUAUUGGUCGUAUGUUAUACGUCAGACCAUAACGUAUCUGGAAAAAAAAAAAAAGAAAGAAGAUUUGAUAUACACGUUGCUACCAAUUUGAAUUUCGUAAUAGUGUCAGAUGCUUAGAUCCAUAUAAUUUGUCUCUGUCAUGAAUAUAUCUUUUGAUUAUGCUCUAGUUCAAUCUGUA